AUGUUCAACCGGGCCGUGAGCCGGCUCAGCAGGAAGCGGCCGCCCUCAGAGAUAAAUGAUGGUGAGGGCCACCCAAGCAGCAGCCACCAAACCUUGAAAGGAACCUCGAAAUGGGCCACAUCCCUGGAGAGCCUCCUCGAAGACCCAGAAGGAGUGAAACGGUUUAGGGAAUUUUUAAAGAAAGAAUUUAGUGAAGAAAACGUUUUGUUCUGGUUAGCAUGUGAAGAAUUUAAGAAAACACAGGGAAAAAAGCAGAUGCAGGAAAAAGCUAAAGAGAUUUACAUGACUUUCCUGUCCAGUAAAGCUUCCUCCCAAGUCAAUGUUGAAGGGCAGUCCCGUUUGAGUGAGACCAUCCUGGAGACACCUCACCCUCUCAUGUUUCAGAAGCUUCAGGACCAGAUAUUCAAUCUCAUGAAAUAUGACAGCUACAGCCGCUUCCUGAAGUCAGACAUAUUCCUAAACCAUAAGAAGAGUGAGGAGCAAGAGGAGAACUCACCAGAGGCUCAGACUGCAGCUAAAAGAGCAUCAAGAAUUUACAACACAUGAGACACAAUGGAUCUCUUCAGGAGAGGCAAUACAAUAAGGAAAUUACACUCAGGAACAGUCUAGGUUUAUAGCAGUUGCAUUUAGGGCUUGGAAAACUCAAAACCUUUUUAGGAGAUACUUACCUUCUUAAUUGCUUGAAUGACUAAUUGUUUUUGCAUGAUAGCUAUUAAGCCAGCACCCAU